AUGGCCACUUGUGGCGGUCAGCAUCUUCUUGAUCUAAACGAUCUGAGCAGUCUUCAAGAAAUUCGGACAGACUUGGCAGACCUGCUUGAGGGCACCCACGUGUCUGCUGGGGUAAAAUAUGUGCCCAACGAUGCAAGUCUUCCAGACUUGGGUGUCACGCUGGAUGGGCCUGCAGCUAUGCCCACUGAAAUACGCUCCCUAUCACACGCACAACAAGUGGGCCAGGUUGAACCUGAGCGCCAUGUGUCAGAGAUUUGGUCGCAGCAGCAGCACACUGGUGACGAUAAUCCUGGCAUGAUGCAGUUGCGUGAGAACGGCUCACAGCAAUCGCUAGGUGUGACUAGCACGGUCGUAGGUUCAGGUGACAUCGCAGUUGACUAUCGCGCGGGUGAUCCUGCCCUGCAGAAACCAUGCCAUGAUGUGCCGCACACAAAGGCAGUGAUACCCGGUAGGGGCAGGGAGGGGUGGUAUUCCGAAGGUGGUGAUCUGUACAUCAUACCCAGCCUUUUAAUGCAGUGCGUGUCCAGUGGCAGUGUUCACGCGUCAGACAUCGCAGUAGCGACUAACAGUAGUGGCCAUAAGGUGUUGGUAAGCAUGGAGACAGUAGGGGACGUGGGCAAGCUUGAACCUGUCAGGUUGCCCGUGGAAGGCAUCCUCUUCUACGACAGCUGCUCCAAUAGGCUUCUUAUUCCUUAUUUCACCCGUAAGGGUACGAUACCGAGAGAUGAUGGAGAUUGUAGAAACGCAACCGAGAACGUUGUCAGAGAGUCUAAAACACAGGGAGUAGUUAACAAUGUGAGCAACUUAGAGGAUUCGGUUAUCAUAGAAGAGCAUGAGCUCACAGUGAGCAGCGCUUACACUGACGUUCAGAGCAAUGGCCAGAUCGUCGCGAUACAGGUGAAGAGAGAUGGCACCGUUACUUUAUCGAGAGUCAGCUCACUGGAGAGCAUCGAUGGAGACACCAAACAGUCCCUUGCUGCGCUCCUUCAUGCGCUGAGUACAGACGAGAGCAAUUAUUUAGCAUCGCACGUGUGUUGUGAUACACAACAUAAGAUAGAAGACAGGCAGUCUCAGGCAGGUGAUCACACAGGAGGCGAUGGGCAUGGAGAGGGAACACUAGGAAUGCUUGUGGGUGAGUUGUCACGGGCAGGGAAGAAUGCCAGCGGUCUCACACAGACAUCUGAGUUUGUCGGCAGUCCUUCUUCUACAGGAGAAUGCGUGGAAAGGGUGCCGGAAACUGCUGAGCUCAUGGCAGGGCUGUCACCGGCUGGAGAGCGCGUGGGCAAGUUGCCCCAGAUAGAGGAACUUGCGGAGGGAGCGCCACACACAGGCGAACAUGUGGACAAGCUGCCGCAUGUGGAAAAGGUCGUUAAAGAGUUGUCACAGAGAAGGGAGUAUGUGGACAAACUGCCUCCGAUAAAGGAGCUUGCAGAAGGAAUGUCACAGAUAGGGGCUAUUGCGGGCAGGCUACCUCCGGUGGAAGAGCCUGUGGAGGGGGAACGUGUCGGAAGGUCGAGCCGUGAAAAGGAGCUACUGUGGCCAGAAAAGCCCGUGAACAGGCUGCACGUGGAGAAGGAAAGUGUCGACGAUGUGUCAGAGGCACUUGGAGGGGGGCUGUCCCAGGCAGAGGAGCAUGUAGGGAGGCUGUCACGUACAGAGGCACUUGGAGAGGGGCUGUCCCAGGCAGAGGAGCAUGUUGGCGGGCUGUCACGUACAGAGGCACUUGGAGGGGGGCUGUCCCAGGCAGAGGAGCAUGUAGGGAGGCUGUCACGUACAGAGGCACUUGGAGGGGGGCUGUCCCAGGCAGAGGAGCAUGUAGGCGGGCUGUCACGUACAGAAGCACUUGGAGGUGGGCUGUCCCAGGUAGAGGAGCAUGUAGGCGGGCUGUCACGUGCAGCCUUUGAUAGAAUCGUCACGUGGCUGCUGCAAAGCGAUAACGUAGUGUCUGAAUGCACCUUUAACUAUCACAGUCUUCCAUUGCUGAGCCCAAAGUGGAAUGCGGAUGAAAUCCACGGAGCCCAAACCAGCGAGCACACUGAACAUCUACCUGAAGUCAGCAGUAGCAGGCCUGCCACCGCCGAGAAUGGUGUUUCUCGCCAGACAGGGCUUGCCAAUGCAGAGAAGUUACCAGCAAUCGCAAAGCAAGAGGCACUGCCGUAUACGGAGCAGUUGGCGUCACCUGACGUCGUCUUUACUCCGAUCGCAGCGGAUUUUGUGGUGAGUUUCGGAGACAAAGAAGACACUGCGACGGCGGGAACUAGCACAUUUCCCAGCGCAAUUCAUGGUGGGAUACCUACCGUUCUCCCGUCUAUAAAUCAAUGUGGCCAGGUUCCCUCACUUGCUGGCCAAUCACGUGAGGACACUUUGAAGAAACCAAAGGAGAUGGCAUUAUCAGACAGUUCCCACAUAGAGAAUAGUGAGCAGCCAAAGCAGCAGGUGCCUGUUAUAAGAGGCGGGCAUACUGCUACUAGUAGCAAACGACAAGGAGGCUCCAAGCAGAAGGGGGCGUUUACGAUCCUAAACAAAACGAAGCUCAAAAAGAAGCUAAAGAAGACAAAUAAUAUGAAGACAAAAAAGCAAGAUGCGCAAGAAGACAUUUCUGAUGGUAUGCUUCAGGAUCAUUCAAAGGAGGAAACUCCAACGUCUGAGAUUAGCGAUUCACAUCCUGUUGAUAGCACAGAGUCUCUAGAAAGCCAGGUGACGGUGCGAUCCGACAGCUACCAGCGAAGUUCUCGAGGUGAGAGAGCAAAGAUAGCAGAGCUACGGCGUCAGUUGGUGGAGAAGAAGAGGGCGGAGAAAGAAGCGGCGCGACGCCAGGCAAGACUCGAUCUUCUGUUCCACGCAGGCCCCUCCUCGGCGCAAGAUGAUACUACCGCAAGAGAAGGUGGUACAAGACGCAAUGAUAGCAUUGAAAGCCAGGUUCAAGAAACCCUGCAGAGUGUGUACAGCGAUGGUAGUGACGACGUCGAUAUUCUCAUCAAGUCUCCGAGUCUGAAUGCAGGGAGUAGCGACGCAGAGGAUGACUUUCCAGAUGCUGCAUCUUCCCGAGGCAUCGAUUCUCUAAUGUCUGGCUCUGAGAGACUCAGCAGCAACAGCCGGCUCGGUGAGAGAGACAUGUUGGUUGUUGAUGAUGACGGAGAGCCGAUGGUAGAGAGGAGUGCUGCGCCCUGCUACGGAUUCAUAGAAGCCUGGCUAAACGAUGAGUACGUCAAUCCUCCGGACAACGAACGACAUUCACAGGACGAGUUCGCCAGCACACCUCGUGAUGUCCAACACGACACGCACGACAUCACACCAGGGGAUGCUGGCUAUGAAGCUGCCGUGAGUGUCGCCGAGCUAGAAACUGUCCGUCUCAGAGAGGAGGCAGAACUGCAGAAAUUUGCCGAAGAGGAGGCCCUGCGGACUGCCAAGAGGGAAGCAGCAGAGCAGAAGCGUGUCCGCCGCGAGCGCUUCAUCCGCGAGUUGCUAGCUGAGAACAGAUACCUGCGCAUGUCGCGAAGAUUUACACCUGCGUUCACGUUCUCAUAUUUCUACCUGGGCGAUCGUAGACAGCAAAAUGAAAAAAAGAAGAUUAGUCAAGAAAGCAGAUUGGCAGUACGCGCAGCUUCUCUGCAAGAAGAGGAGAACGCGGCGAGUAACGCUGAGAAAUAUUAGAAGCGUAAGAAAGAAGAAUCCGAGAAGGUUUAGCAGCACUGUGUGGUAGAAGCAGAGCGAUAAGACCACGAACGCCCACACGCCCGGUGGUGUGUGCUAGUGGAAGGCGGUAUAGUAAAGCAACAGUUAAAUUUGUUUUGGCCUUCUAAAAAUUGUAAUAAGCUAUCCAAUAAUGGGGAGGAGAAUAGAGAAACGUAAGCAUAUAUGGAAUAUUUAUUUGCAUGACAUAAAUUGCGCAUAUGUUUUACUGAGCUUAUUUUCCUCUGAGAUAUUUCGGUGCGGUUGUCUACAUUAUAUAUAUAUAAAACAACAUUAUAUUACUUCGAAUAAACCCUUGAAGUCAACCUGAACUGUAAAGACAAUGCUGGUUGGAGGGUGUCCAUGAGAUAUGUUAUCAAUGCUGCACAUAGGUCUUCAAGUACACAAAAACCGAGGUUAAUAAAAGCA